GAAGUCUGAAGAACCAACCACAACGGAGCUCCCUAAAUCAACCUGGGUUCUUCUAAUUCAAGGCAGGGAUGUCCCAUCCCAUAAUCAUGGAUUCACUCCUCAGUUUCUUCUUCAGUACAGCUAUUUUGCUUCUCUCCACUGCCGUAAGAGAAAUACGAGGCGAUGCUAUGGUCACUGGUACUGUCUUCUGCGACCAAUGUAAAGAUGGGCAGAGAAGUUUCUUCGAUUACCCACUCGACGGAGCGAAAGUGAUGGUGGCGUGUGGGGGAAAUGAUGGGCAAAUGACGAUGUGGAAGGAAGAGACGACCAAUAUGCUGGGGAGUUACACAAUGAGGUUCGAGGGAAGCCCGGACUUGAGGGGUUGCUACGCUCAGGUGUCAGGAACCACCUCCAACGCUGGCUGCGGGGCAUCGGCAGGGCCUCCCGAGAAUUUGAAGCUCAUGUUUGAGAUGUUUGAUAUGGCCUUGUACACUGUGGAUGCUUUGAUCUCUCAGCCUGCCCAGCCUAUGCCCUUCUGCCCAACCAGGUCCUCUAACCCAACCCCAAACCCAAACCCAAACCCAAAACCAACCCCAAACCCAAAUCCAAAUCCAAAUCCAAAUCCAAAUCCGAAUCCAACUCCAACUCCAACCCCGACCCUGCCGUUACCCAGCCCACCAAGUGUCAAGUUGCCUCCCCUGCGGCCGGCUCCCUUCUUGGAGGCUUCUGCUUGUCCGUCUCAGAAUUGGUUGAUGCCAGAGUACAAAUGUUACUGGAAGGUGGUGAGCCCUGACACAAAGGUAGCUGUUGCUUUUGGGCUAACUGCGGCUGGAAGGUAUGGAACUGAUAUGACCCUACAUGAAGGACUUCAAGGAAGGGGUGACCUUUACAGAACCCUCCUCAGAGAAGGAACAACUGCACUACUCAACUCUUAUAACAGUAUCCAGUUUCCCUACCCUACGCUUGGUGUGAUCACAGAUAUGAAUUUGGCCUUAAUGGGCUCCUCUCGUCAAGCCCUCCUAACUGCUCUCCGCUUUAAGAGGGCUAACUCUGGCAAGGUUGGCUGCAAGUUCACCCCUUGCAAUUGAUAAUUAUAUUAUUGGAUUCUCUUUCCAAAAUACAAUCUACAAAAGGAUCUUUCUUUAU